GUGGGAGAAUAAUCUGCACGCGCUGAUGCGGAUUUUUUGAUGGGAAAGAAAUUUUGACAUUUUUCCUUCGCGGAGUGUAGAAAUUCCCGGAUUUUCCUAAAUUUCCUCGUGAAAAACUCCCCAAAAUUGUGAAGGGAGGAAGGAUGAUAAAGUAAGAGAGCGCCCCAGGUGUGCGUGUGCGUGAAUUUAUCAAUUGGUGUGUGGCUUUUUGCUGGUGUGAAGGGGGGCCCGCUUGUGCGUGGAACACUGAACUUCCGUUUGGGGGGCCACCAAACAUGCUUUCUUACGUCCAAAUGAACGCCAGGAAGUUCUUGAUAUUGGCAUCGAAGGUAUGGACCUGUAUUUGCUACAUGUUCAACAGACAAGUACGAGCUUACCAGCCCGUCAAGUAUGAACCCUUCCCCCUAUCACCGGUCUCCCGGCAUCGAUUGGGCAUGGUGCAACGGAAGACACUUGUCCUGGAUCUCGAUGAGACCCUCAUUCAUUCGCACCACGAUGCAGCACCGCGGAAUACCGUGAAACCCGGCACACCGCACGAUUUCACCGUGAAAGUCAUGAUUGACCGGCAUCCGGUGCGCUUUUUCGUCCACAAGCGCCCCCAUGUGGACUUCUUCCUGGACGUCGUGUCACAGUGGUAUGACAUUGUUGUCUUCACGGCCAGCAUGGAAAUCUACGGGACCGCUGUGGCGGAUAAACUCGACAAUGGGCGCAACAUCCUCACGAGGCGCUACUACCGUCAGCACUGCACGCCAGACUUUGGCUCCUACACCAAAGAUCUCUCGGCGAUUUGCAACGACUUAAAUAGGAUAUUUAUAAUAGACAAUUCUCCAGGCGCUUAUCGGUGCUUCCCAAACAAUGCAAUCCCCAUUAAGUCGUGGUUCUGCGACCCAAUGGACAUUGCACUGUUGUCACUUCUACCGCUCUUGGAUGCUCUGCGGUUCACCAAUGAUGUCCGUUCUGUGCUCUCGAGGAAUCUUCAUCUCCAUCGUCUGUGGUGAUGAGACUUCCUCUUCUUCAACACCCAAAUAAAAAAAAAGAAAUCAGUGUGUAUGUAAAGCCGACAUGUUGCCCCAUUUUUCAGCAGACUCCUCUUGCUUAUAAGAAGGGAAUUUUUUUUCAUCCCCCAUCUAUAUAUUUUUUUCAAAGUGAAAUUAUUAUUUUUUUUAUUGUUGUUUGGUGCUGAAAGAAAAAUGGUGGAAAAAAUUACGAAGAAAAAAAUGAAAAAGAGAAAUUAAUAGAAAAUAUUCUCUUGUGUGCAGAAUUUAGGAUUUUUCAUUUUUAUUUACAAAAUGAGUUUUUUUUCUUCAUUCAUAGUCUAUUUAAAUCAACUUUGCACUGUGACUCUACCUAGAAAUUCAAGAAAGUUAAGACAGAUCGAAACUAACCAAUGAAAAAUCGUCUCAAGCAGAUCAACCAAUAAGAAAGAACUUGUAAUUCUUCUUCUUCUUAAUUUACAUUUCAAAAUUAGUUAAAAGGAAUUUAAUUAACCAAUGAGGUAAGAGCUACAGUGCAAAGUUGCUUUGAAUUAAUUUUUUUUAAAUUAUAUUUUAAAGAGUGAUUCCAGUGCAACGGAAAAUUGGCAGAAAAAGCCGAAAAUGGCGUAAUUUUUUCUUGCUAAAAAAAAGACAAAUUAUUGCUGAAAAGGACUUUCAAUUUUUUCUCUCUUUUCUACACGCAUUGUGUUUGUGUGUGUGGGCGGAAGUGGCAAAGAAAAGAAAGCAAAAUUAAUAAAGGGGAAGACCUAAAGAAAAAGAAAAAGAAAUACACAAUAUAGAAAUUUUAAGAAGAAUUUAAGUGAAAAAAAAUCGUGUAAAUACAUUUUUAAAUUAAAUUUUAAGGAUUACAUUUAAUAGCUGUAUUAAAUUAUGUAGGAAAUCUUACAAUAGAAGAUGAUAAAAAAAAUUGUGUGGAGUAAGAAAAGAAAAAGUAUUCUGCAAUUUUUAAAACAAAAAAAUUAAUUUGAUUCUGUUUUUUUUUGGAUAUUGAAGGAAAAAUUUUGAAAAUAUAAAAAAAAAGAAUUUUAAAAUGAAUUUAAAAAAAAAGUGAAAAACUGAAAAGCAACAAACUUCUUUCUUUCUCAAAAGAACUUUCUUCGACAUUUGAGGAGUUCUUAAGGACGCAAUGCGACUCCUUUUUGCGCCAAAAAGGAUUUUUCUUUUUGAAAAAAAAAGUUUUUUUCUCUCUAAAAUGGAAUAAAAAGAUUUUCAAUCUACACGCCCAAAAAAAAUCAUCAUAAUUCUUUUUUCAAUUAAAUGAAAAAACAAAUAGAGACGCUACAUUCUUUUGUCAAAAAGACAAAAGACCUUUAAUAAAAGAAAGUUUAUUAAAACAAAAAUCUGUGUGUCAUGAAAAAAAAAGUAAUUAAAACUAUAUAAAGCAAAGAUUUUUUUUGAAAUAUAUUCGCGAGAUAUUUCAUGAACCUCUGUACAAAAAAAAAGAAAUAUAAAUGAAGAAAAAAUCAACACAAUUAGAUUUGUAAAAUCAUUAUAAGGAUCAGUGAAGAAGAAUAAUAUGAAAAAAAAUAAGAAAAAUCGUUGAACGAAUAAAUCAAGUUUCAACAGA